CAAUACUAGAAACGCUGGUACUAUGAUGCGUGAUAUUCACGUCUUCAGUUUCAUGCGGUGAGUCAGUGCAAAUUCGUCUAGUGAUGAUUUUUUAGCUAGAGUGCUUGUGUGGCUUGCGUCCUCUUUAUGUUAUAUAAUACUUCUUCAAAAAAUUUGAGGUCGUCUUGGUGCAGUAGCGUCAUCCUCGAGCACAUCGUCGAGGCCCGCUAGUUUUGGAACAACGAGCACCGCCGGGCCAGGAGCUUGCUCGAGUGCUUCCGUUCGUCAUAGAUCUACGAAGCAGACACCAUCAGCGAAGAAUGGCCCUCGAAAUGGAACCAGUGAAGCCACAUCGUUUGGGUUUGGACUUGCGCAAGCUCGGCGAGAAAGCAGAGACGUUAUUUGUAUUGAGGAACGAUGGAGAACGCAUCCCAUCAAAAAGCUGUUCGACGCUGACCUGCUUGAUCAUGAGAAGAAGGACGAAGAAGCUCCAAGCUGCAAAGUAGCACAGUGCGUCAUUGGAGAGUGCGAGAAAAUCCUUCGUGUCGCGUGCGAGACUGCAACUGCGAAAAGGCCUA